UCUUGCUUGCUCGUGUCCUCACUACAGUCAUUCCCUUUCCCUCCACAGGCAUCCCAGAAGGUGCUGUGGAUGAUGAUGUCCAAUUGCACCGCGGUGACUGAGUUCCUGCUCCUGGGGUUCUCCGACGCCCUGGGAUUGCACAUCUUGCACUUGGCCACUUUUCUAAUAAUAUACCUGGCAGCCCUGAUUGGCAAUCUCCUUGUUAUCACGCUCAUAGCCUUUGACAGUCACCUCCACACCCCGAUGUACUUCUUCCUGUUCAAUCUAUCCAUCCUAGACAGCGGAUCCAUCUCUGUCAUUGUUCCCAAAUCCAUGGCCAAUGGCAUACUGAACACCAGGCUGAUUUCUUAUUCUGGAUGUGUCACCAAAGUUUUUUUCUUCUUCAUUGCAGCAGACAUUGCCAUCCUCACCAUCAUGGCUUACGACCGAUAUAUCGCCAUCUGCAAACCACUGCACUAUGAGACAGUGAUGAACAGCAGAGCUUGCCUGCUAAUGGCAGCCACGGCCUGGAGCACGGCUGUUCUGUACUCUGCUCUGAACACAGGGAACACCUUUAGGCUGCCCUUCUGCCACUCCAACAACAUCAACCAGUUCUUCUGUGAAGUCCCCCAGCUCCUUAGGAUCUCUUGCUCAGAGGUGUUUACUAGUGAAAUUCAGGUCUUUAUCUUUGGUGCAUGUUUAAGUGCUGGUUGCAUUGUGUUUAUAUUUGUGUCUUAUAUUCAGAUAUUCACUACUGUACUGAGAAUCCCCUCUGAGCAGGGCCGGCAUAAAGCAGUUUCCACCUGUCUUCCCCACCUCAUUGUUGUCACCUUGCUGGCUAGCACUGGGAUGAUUGCCUAUAUGAAGCCCACAUCUGGGUCCCCAUCAGCUCUGGACCUCGUGCUGUCUGUUCUCUAUUCUAUGCUCCCACCAAUGAUGAAUCCAGUCAUCUACAGCAUGAGAAACAAGGACAUCAAAGAAGCUCUGUGGAAACUGAUGAGAUAG